GUAGGUAGAGCGUCUCUCGAGCCAUCAGCAUCAUAGCCGAGUGAAGAUGGCGGCUGAGAGAGUGAUGCUGUCAACGAGAUAUUGAGUUCGCCUCUUUUUUUUUUACUCACUAAAUCUUCAAGGUUCCAUGUCGGAUAGCUGUAUCAAAGAAAAAUGUAUCGAUUGCUGCUCCUCCUGACCACUUAAUAAUGGACACACUUCAUCUUCUCCCAGAGCUUUUCCAUUUAACAGCCCACACUGUACUUCUCUCAUUGUGAGAAAUUAAAUCUCAGGUCUUUGGCUCUGCUGAUGUACUGCCCCCAAUAAGAGUACAGAUGGCCACCCAAUUGUUUUAUCAAUGUUUCUCUUAUUAGCCCUGCCGUCUCGGGGUAACGCAUACUGUACAGUCCAGAGCAUGCGCUUUACAACAAGGAAUGUAAUGGCAGAAGAGGUGUCUGAACACAUGCUGAGAUUCACACACUUCCACCCAAGACAAAUCAACUAACUGACUGACCGAUUUAUCAAGCUCUCCUAAGAUUAGCUGCAGCUUCAAGGAGACGCACUGACUUAUCCUGGGCGUUGGUGAAUGUAUCGGCCAUGUUGGGCCUCUGGAGGGGGCACUGUUCAUCAUCCUGCCUCGGUGAACACCCUCAGAAAACCCACUACUGAAGCCAGCAGGGCAAGUGGAGCACCAGAUCUCAAAGACCUCUCUGCAUUGAAAGACACAUGCUUAUUUGAACACUCAGUGCACAGCAACAAGAAAGAAGUCAUUAGUGUAGCAGCUGAUCCUUUGAGAGUAGUGGAGGAGUGUCGAGAGUGUUCAAGAAACCCAAUCCUCUUAUCCCAGGCCCAAGACACCAGCUGAGUGAGAGUGUACUCUGAGAAGGUGUGGUAGGGGUGAAAGAGCUGACUGACCUCACUGGAAGACUGAGGCUAAAAAGCAGCUCGUGCAUUUUGGCAAGAGACAGAAAUCAGAGCAGAGACGCACGUCAUGGGCUAUGGGGGCCAUGGUAACUUAGAAUAAAUGGCUACUCCUGACGCAAAGCUUGUGCCAGUGUCUGCUGCUCAACCCUCCUCCUUUUUCCUUCUCUUUUCCUCUCUGUCCUCCUGCUCUUGCAACAAACGCUGCAGCUGUCAUUCUCUUGUUCUUCCCUCUGCCCCCCUUUCUUCCCCAGUCCCACUUUUGCUCUGUGACCAUGGGCCUGUGGAAGUUAGUGCGGGGCGUCAGGCAGCUCGAGCUCCACCGCCUCAUCCUGGCACUCAUCGUCUUUUGCCUGCUCUCUGUGGCUUUCCUGGCCUACUAUGUCAGCAACAGCCCGAAAAUAAAGGAGGCACCCCCUUUACCCUUCAGUGACUGUGGUGGGGUUGUUGCAGCUGCAGCAGGAGGACAACGGGCUCCUCUUUUCCUGCCCCCUUUUACAGGCCAGCAGAGGAUAGUCAAAGCAGUGGAUAACUCACGAACAGAAUCUGUAGUGCUGGUCUUUGUGGAGAGCAUCUACUCUCAGCUUGGCCAAGAGAUUGUGGCUAUCCUGGAGUCCAGCCGCUUCCGUUAUCACACGGAGAUUGCACCCAGCAAAGGUGACAUGCCUACAUUGAUGGAGCGUGACGUUGGCCGCUACGCCUUGGUCAUUUAUGAGAAUAUUCUCAAGUACGUCAACUUGGAUGCCUGGAACCGUGACCUGCUGGAUAAGUACUGUACCGAAUUUGGUGUAGGCAUCAUUGGUUUUUUCAAAGCCAAUGAGAACUCGCUGCUCAGUGCCCAGCUGAAAGGCUUCCCCCUUUUCCUGCAUUCUAACCUAGGCCUGCGAGACUAUCACAUCAACCCUGCUGCCCCAUUACUGUAUAUUACCAAACCCAAUGAGGUGGAGCAGGGCCUGCUCCCUGGCGAUGACUGGACAGUCUUUCAGUCCAACCACAGCACCUAUGAGCCUGUACUCUUAGCUCUGACAAAAUCCUCAGAAGCACUGGCCCACCUGGGCCCCCACCGAGCCCUGCAUGCCACUGUAGUUCAAGACCUAGGCCUUCAUGAUGGCAUUCAAAGGGUGCUCUUUGGGAAUAAUCUGUCUUUUUGGCUGCAUAAAUUGGUUUUUGUGGAUGCCAUUGCCUAUCUGACAGGAAAAAGACUCUGCCUGUCCUUGGAGAGGCAUCUGCUUGUUGACGUGGAUGAUAUAUUUGUGGGAAAAGAGGGUACGCGAAUGAAGGUGUCAGAUGUGAAGGCUUUGCUCAACACACAGAACAAACUACGGACGUUAGUUCCCAACUUCACCUUCAAUCUUGGCUUCUCCGGGAAGUUCUAUCAUGCAGGUACCGAGGAAGAAGAUGAAGGUGAUGACAUGCUGUUGCAGCACAGGCGUGAGUUCUGGUGGUUUCCACACAUGUGGAGUCACAUGCAGCCUCAUCUCUUCCACAAUGUCAGUGUGUUGGCAGAGCAGAUGAGACUCAACAUGCAGUUUGCACAGGAGCACGGCAUUCCCACAGACAUGGGGUACGCUGUGGCCCCCCACCAUUCAGGGGUUUAUCCUGUACACAGCCAGCUAUAUGAGGCCUGGAAGAAUGUAUGGGAGAUCACAGUGACCAGCACGGAAGAAUAUCCCCACCUGAGACCGGCACGCCAUCGCAGAGGCUUCAUCCAUCGUGGGAUAAAGGUGUUGCCCAGGCAGACAUGUGGCCUUUUUACUCACACCAUCUUCUAUAAUGAGUACCCUGGAGGCUCGCGCGAGCUGGACAAAAGCAUCCGUGGAGGAGAACUCUUCCUCACCGUUCUUCUUAACCCUAUCAGCAUCUUUAUGACACACCUGUCUAACUAUGGAAAUGACAGACUCGGACUCUACACUUUUGAGUCUCUGGUGAAGUUUGUUCAAUGCUGGACCAACCUAAGGCUACAAACUCUUCCCCCUUUGGAACUGGCUGAGAAAUACUUCCAGAUCUUUCCAGAGGAGAUGGACCCCCUAUGGCAGAACCCCUGUCAUGACAAGAGACAUAAAGACAUCUGGUCCAAGGAGAAGACCUGUGAUAGACUGCCCAAAUUUCUGGUCAUUGGCCCACAGAAAACAGGUACCACAGCAUUGCACUCCUUUCUCACCCUCCACCCCGCCAUCACCAGCAACUUCCCCAGCCCCAUCACAUUUGAGGAGAUCCAGUUCUUUAAUGGACCUAAUUACCACAACGGCAUUGACUGGUACAUGGACUUCUUUCCCUUUCCCUCGAACGUCAGCACAGACUUCAUGUUUGAGAAAAGUGCUAACUACUUUGACACAGUUGUGGCUCCAAAGAGGGCUGCAGCCUUACUGCCCAGAGCCAAGAUCAUAGCAGUGCUCAUCAACCCAGCCGACAGAGCCUACUCUUGGUAUCAGCAUCAGCGAGCACACCAGGACCCUGCUGCUAUAAACUACACCUUCCAUGAGGUGAUAACAGCAGGUCCCUCUGCAUCUAAAGAGCUGUUGACUCUUCAGAACCGCAGCCUUAAACCUGGAACUUACGCCACACACCUGGAGAGCUGGCUCCUGCACUACCAGGCCAGACAGCUCCAUAUUGUAGACGGCACCCUGCUCCGAUCAAAUCCAGCCCUGGUGAUGGACGGCAUCCAGCGGUUCCUGGGGGUCACACCCAUCUUUAACUACACCCAAGCCCUUGUCUUUGAUGAGGGUAAGGGAUUCUGGUGUCAGAGGUUGGAAGGUGGGCGUCCAAAGUGUCUGGGCAAAAGUAAAGGAAGGAAAUAUCCAGAAAUGGCCCCUGAGACACGUGCCUUCCUGACGGAGUACUACCAGGAGCAUAACCUUGAACUGUUACGGCUGCUAAAUCGGCAAGGCCUGGCAUUACCCUCCUGGCUCCGAGAAGAGCUCCAGAGCAGCAGCUGGAGUUGAGAGGACUUUGUCCAUCUCCAGUAUAAGAACCUCUAAAAAACAGUGUCCACUCAUUGCAGAGGAACCGAGGGAGAGACUCACAAUUCAACACUCCUAUGCCACUCUGUUCAAAACUCUAGUAGCAGUGAUGGGAUGGAGUGCGGUUAUGACUGUGACUUUGAGUGGACUGCAAACAUGAGCCUUUCCCUGCUGCCAAGGUGCUCGCACGUUCUCUCUGAGAUGUUGAAGGCAUUGGGAAAUGUGCUUCCUUGCCUUCCUCCUCUUCUCUUAAUGGAAGGUCUGCCUAUCAGGCCCAGAACGCACUACAGGUCUGGACAAACAUGAAUUAACUGGUGACUUUAAGUGUGUUAAUACACACUAAUUCUCAAAACACACACGGUUUAGCCUUGCUCAUCUCGUCAGAAGAAUGAUUGUAAAACAUUGUACAUUUAAAAGCAUUGUAUAUUUUGGGUCUGGGUGGGUGGGAUUGUGACUGAAUAGACCUCAGUUCAUCCUGACAGCGUUUGUGUACAGACUGAGCUCUGUUUGAGUAGGAUCCCAAAUCUUAAGCCCCUCUCUUCUCCACAUGCACGCACACACAAACGCACAAAGUUGGAUCAGAAACCAAACAGUAAGAAAGUACAUGCAAUUGAGGGAAUAUGGAGUUGUGUACAUGUCUGUCUCCCACUGUAUUUCAGACAAUAGUUUUUAUCAAGUGUCUUAUCUGGUUGUAAUCCCUCUAUUUAUCCUAACCAUGCACUUUCCUCUACACUACACACACAGAUGCAUGGAAGUUGUUGUGGUAGAUGUGUUGUAUGUCAGGAGCUGUAAAUGAGGGAGAGGAGAAGGGCUGUGUUUCAAUUUGUGGUCUGUCCUACAUAACAAGAAGCUGCAGUACUUUUUUACUAAAAGUAUUUGAAAAACUCCCAACACUGUAUUAUCUCUAAUAAACUUGGAGAGGUUGGAAAUGUU